GGGAGGAAAGAGAGAGGGAAGCAAAUGAGAGGAUGGCAACAUCAACCAUAUCUUCGUCUCCUCUCCUCCUCGCUGCUCCCAAAUGCGCUUCCCGUGCUUCUUCCAAGCUAUGCUUCGAUCCGAGUCCCCGACUGACCACCUCCGGUCGCCCUCGACUAGAUCUAUGCACACGGAAGAGAAGGUUUGGAGGAGAUUCACUCAAAAGCUCUCGAAUUUGGCGGGUCUCGGCUGUCGCGGAGGAAACUUUGCCGCCGGAGGCCACCGUGGAGAAGGCCCAGCAGAUUAUUCCCGCCGCUGCUGAAGACAGCGCUGCAUCCACCGUCGUCUCUGCUUUACUCGUCGUCGCCUUUAUCGGACUCUCCAUCCUCACCAUAGGGGUGAUCUACUUGGCAGUGCAAGAUUUUCUGAGGAAAAGAGAAAGAGAGAAGUUUGAGAAAGAAGAUGCAGAAAAGAAGAAGAAGGGAGGAAAGAAAGCAAAAGCCAAGGCAAGGACUGGACCAAGAGGCUUUGGCCAGAAGAUUGAAGAAGAUGAGGAUUAGGUAUCCGCAGAUCAUCCUUUUCAUGGCAUGCCAAGGCAGCAUGGGAUAUCAAAAUUUUGAUAUGUAGAUCUAUCUACCUGUUUUUAUGAUCUCAACACAUUUCUUUGCUCUGUUCUCUUAUUUGUUCUUUGUUUUUUUACCUGACGGCAUGGUAUUCUCACAUUGUGAUUAAUGAUCCUGAAGUUGCUUUGAUCUUCUCUGUGUUCAUCUGUAGUCUCACUUGUAUACAUACUUCCCUUUAAAUUUCUAUAUAUAUAUGUGAUGCAACCGGCAAUGAAAUUUCUCUUAAGUUCUAUAUCUUGUAAAAUGGAAGGAAAUGCAUCAACAGUUCAAAUGAUUCAAACAGAAGCAUAAGCUUACUAUCUCCAUUCUAUAUGGUUGGCCUGUUUUCCUCUGCAUCAUGUUUGGAGUAAAUUGAGCUCUGGAGUAUUAUUUCAACAUCACAUCUUGAGUUUACUGUGAUGAGCAAUGUAGAGAACUUAUUCGGUUUAAUUGUAAAAAAACACCUUGUUAUGAUUAAAAGAAUUUUCUGUCAUUUUUCACCCAAUUUAUGCAAGCAUAUAAAACAAUUUUCUUGCCAUUGUUCAUCUCAUCUUAACAAAAAAGGCAGAGAACUUUUGUCUACUUACAACUUGAUGGUCAUAUUAUGAUUGUCCAUCUGAAAUUAGGAUGGAAUUCUGACAAGCCAUAGAUCAAGAUCCAAGAGAGUGAAGGAUUCAAUUCAAAGUACAAGUCCACCAAAAAGAAACUUGAAGAGGGACCUGCAAAAUAGAAAGAGACCAGAGCUUCAUGAACUCCAGGCAUGGAUGGACAAGGCGAAGAGAGAUGAAACUUGAAAGGGCCCCCCUUGAUGUUUGGUGGAGUGAGAAAUGGGUCUGCGGUUGGAGGUAGAACAAUGGCGGAUCGCAUUUGGUCCCAUCUUAUCCACAACGAGCAAAUCCAAUCGGAGAGCAAGUGGACAACUGAUGUGCACUUAUCCUGCUUUUGAGGCCCCAAUCAACGCCAACCUUCACCACCACCACCACACAGAGAUCAAUAUAUCGAAGAAAGGAGAGCCGCUUCAGACGUCGAGAGAUCAGUGAUGGCUUCCGUGGCUCCCUUCUCAGCUCCCUCACCUCUUUCUUCUUCUUCUUCCUCCCCUCGGCCACCACCGGCUGCUGCAGUCGCGCCUUCCCUGCGCCCGGCGGUUCCGGCCUUUCCUUGGUGCGGCAGAAGGCCUGCUGCUUCCAGGGUGGUGGCGGUGUCGGCAGUCGGGGAGCUGUCGUCCGACAGCAACACGUAUCUGAUCGCCGGAGCCAUCGGUGUGGCGCUUGUCGGCACUGCUUUCCCCAUACUCUUCUCUCGCAGGGACAUAUGCCCAGAGUGUGACGGAGCUGGGUUCGUCAGGCAAGCUGGGGCGGCACUGAGGGCUAAUGCAGCAAGGAAGGAUCAAUCUCAGAUAGUUUGUCCUCGUUGCAAUGGGCUGGGGAAGUUGGGACAAAUCGACAAAUAAGGGAUCCAUGCUCUUGUGAUUGCAGAAGCUGACUACUCUCUCUCUCUCUCUCUCUCUCUCUCGCUCUCCCCUCAGCCACCAUGACUGUUAACAUUACUGUUUGUACUCUGUACAACUGUGAAGAAAAUGAAUCCAUCUUUAUGUGCA